AUGACGACGACGUCCGACCCGAACCCGUUGUCGACGCAACGAGGCGCGGCGCCCCUGACGACCGUCUUCACGACGCCCGACUUCUGCAACAGCCUGUACUGGACAAACACCAUCACGCCCCCACUGUCGAGCGAGGUCUUCGCUUACAGCUGGGGGUUCUACUCGCCCGCCAUCUGCCCGUCGGGCUACACCGAGGGCUGCGCGUUCCCGACCUCGCUGGCCACGCGCAAGAACGGCAACGUCGGCCUGGGCGGGCCAGUCAUCGCCGGUGAGACCCCGAGGUUAUGCUGCCCGACGGGUCACACCUGCUACACGGACUCGUGGGCGUACAGCAAGUGCAUAUCAACGGUGCCCACGACGACCUUUUACAACAGCGACAAUCAGAAAACGUCACAACUCGCGCUCGUGUUUGCGGUGCAGGUGCGGUGGCAGGCGUCGGACCUGAGUAUCCUCGAGACAGACCCCACGGUCCCGGGGUCAAAGUAUUCGGCGCCGUCAUCGACGGGCGGCAUCAGUGCGACGGCGGCGGCGACGGCAACAGCGACGGCAACGGCAACGGCAACUGCAACGGCAACGGGAGUUGGAUCGACGGCGGCGGCGGGAUCGGACACCACUUCGUCCUCGGGAGGCGGCGGAGGGAUUCCUGUGGCCACGACGAUAGGGAUCGCGGUUGGCUCGGUCGUCGGAUCGCUGGCUCUGGCACUGAUCGGGUUCAUGCUCUGGUGGCGGCGGCGGAGGAGGCAAGAAGCGCAGCGCGUCAACGCACACAACAGCGACGCCAAGUCGGACUCCCUGGCGCCCCCGAUGCUGGCGAACAAGGCGUCGUCCGGGAAAACGUCGUUCGAUCUGACGUCGCCGAGCACGGCGAGGCCGGGGACAGGGACGACGGUCGUCGGGGACGCGCCGCACUCGCCGGCGGCGACGCAGCUGGACUCGACAGUGGUGAUGGAGAUGGAGACCAUGGAGAGGCCGCAGGAGUUGCCCGAGGACAACGAGGUCUUUGAGAUGGAGGGCGACAUGCCCGGCCCGCCUCUGUAUCGGGAGAAGGAGGGUUGGCCCCUUCGGUCAUGA